GUAAACGCAACCAUUGGAACCAAGGUCCAAAGAUGACUGUUGCCAAGCAGAGCAGAAGUCGAAAGCAGCCUGGACACGGAGAGAGCAAGAGGCCACGAAAGUGCAGGGCUGAUGUAGAGGAUGAAUCGGAGGUCAAGGCGAGUCCAGUGAAAAGGAGACGUCGAAUGACCGUGAAUGAUGUGCACAAUUCGGUCCUCAAGGUCUUUGUUUGGCACGUGCAGCCCAACUACAAACAGCCCUGGUGUUCCGACUCGCAGACGUCAUCCACCUCUUCAGCAUGGCCGAUCCGCUUGGACGGCGCUCUGAGAGUCGUGACCAAUGCUCACUCAGUCGAGCAUGCGGCGCUUGUGCAGGUCAAGAGGCACCGCCACGAACAAAAGUUUGUGGCAAAGGUCCUUUGCAUUGGUACUGAUUGCGACCUGGCUCUGUUGGACGUGCCUUACGAUGAGUUCUGGAAGGGCCUCGAGCCAUUGGACAUUUUGCCGGGCUUGCCCAAGCUGCAGGACAGUGUCUCAGUGGUGGGAUAUCCCACAGGAGGUGAAAGCCUUUCCGUGACGCAGGGGGUUGUGUCACGUAUCGACUUGGUGGAGUAUGCUCAGACUGGGGUCACUUUGUUGGCCGUUCAGAUAGAUGCAGCCAUCAAUUCAGGAAACAGUGGGGGUCCAGUGGUUGAUCAGAAAGGGAAAUGUGUUGGCGUUGCAUUUCAGAACUUGGAUGGCUCAGACGAGGAUGGCGCGGAAAACAUUGGAUACAUAAUUCCCACCGAGAUCGUGCGACACUUUCUCGAGGACUACCAGAGGAACGGUCAAUUCACAGGCUUUGGCUCAGCUGGCAUUCAAACCCAGGCUUUGGAAUCGCCAGUGCUGCGACAAGCCCUUGGCAUGGCCAAGACUCAGUCUGGGGUCCGUGUCAAGGCAGUGGAACCAGCAAGCCCAGCACAUGGUCUACUGCUGCCAGACGACGUCCUAUUGAGCGUUGAUGGAUUCAAGGUGGGUAACGAUGGUGAAGUUGCCAUGCCGUGGGGACGAAUCGCUUUUAACUAUUUGCUGAACCAACACUUCCCUGGCGAGACAUGCGAUUUGCAGGUCCUGCGAGCUGAGGGCGGUGGCGCUUCGAAGAGAGUUUCUGUAAAGGUUCAGCUUGAACGGAAUCGAGACCUUGUUAGUGCAGACGCAGGUGGGCCGGACGCUGGUGCUGGUUCUGCAGUACCUCGCUAUGUGAUAGCAGGAGGCCUUGUCUUCGUGCCCCUGACCAUUCCCUUCAUGGAAGCCGCAUUUGGUGAGGCAAGUGAAGCACACGCUGUGUUAUGUCUGGCAUCGGGGACUCGUGCAGUUUGCCGACCUGGUGGUCUGGUGUUCCAACGUGUUCUUUACUCAUCUUUACUAAAGCCUUUACUCAUCUUUACUGAUCUUUACAUAUCUCAUGCAGAAAACAUGUUCCAAUUCCCGAUCUCCUGACAGAACUUCGCAGAG